AUGUCAUUCAUCACGGUCGCUGCGGCCACGCUGCCCAGCGUGCCGCUGGACUUUCAGGGCAAUCGCGACCGCAUCAUCGAGUCCAUUCGUCUUGCCAAAGCAAAGGGCGCAACCCUGCGCACAGGUCCUGAGGUGCCAUCUCCCCACAAUCUCAUCGAGGGAGACACUGUCAUUCACUCAUGGGAAGUCCUCGCCGACAUCAUCAAGGAUGAGGCCUGCAAGGGGAUGCUCAUCGACGUUGGCAUGGGCUGCCGCCACCGCAACAUCCUCUACAAUUGCCGCGUCCUGUGCACAUACAAGCGUAUUCUCUUCAUCCGCCCCAAGAUGUCACUCGCCAACGACGGCCUGUAUCGUGAGACGCGCCACUUCACUGCCUGGCCCAAGAAGAUGCAGACGGAGACGUACUAUCUCGAGAGCGUCAUCGGCAACAUCACUGGCCAACGCAGUGUGCCAAUUGGAGAUGCCAUCCUCUCCACCCUCGACACCGCUAUCGGGUGUGAGACGUGCGAGGAGAUGUUCACCCCCAGCAACCCGUCAACCUACAUGUCUCUUAAUGGCUGCGAGAUUAUUCUCAACAGCAGUGCAUCCCACGCCGAGCUUCGCAAGCUGAGGACCCGCAUCGAUCUCAUCGCCAACUCCACGAGGAAGACUGGUGGCUGCUACGUCUAUGCCAACGCCAUCGGCGUCGAUGGAGAAGCGCGCAUGAUGUUCGACGGUUCGUCCAUGGUUCUUCUCAAUGGAAAAGUGAUGGAGCAGGGGCCGCAGUUCUCCCUUCAGCCCGUUCAUGUUGUCACGGCCACCAUCGACAUUGAGGAGAUUCGCAGCUUCCGUUGCAGCAUCUCGCGAAACGUGCAAGGUGCUGCGCAGCCCGACUACCCGCGCGUCGAGUUUGACAUGCGCUUGUCGCGUCCCGCUGAUCAGGUCUUCCUCUCCGACACCAUCCAAAUCUCGCGCCCUAUUGAGCCGCGCAUUCUCGACCCUAUGGCUGAGAUAUGGCUGAGCACGGCCGUCUAUCUCUGGCAGUACUUGACCCGGACAAACUCUGCUGGCUUCUUCCUUAGUCUCUCUGGCGGACUCGACAGCUCCACGGUCGCCCUCUUUGUCCACGGCAUGGCCCGGCUCGUCAUAUCCUCGAUAGAGGCUGGCGAGGUGACCACGUUGGCAGACCUGAGGCGGGUCACUGGAGUAAAGGACUUUACGCCCAAGUCGCCAGAUGAGAUCGUCAACCGGCUACUCACGACGUGCUACACGGGCACUGUCAACUCUUCCGAGGAAACGAAAUCGCGCGCCCGGCGCUUAGCAGAGAAGCUUGGAGCGUGGCAUUUGGAUAUUCCCAUCGAUGCCGCCAUCGAAGCGCACCAGUCCCUUGUCAAGACUGCGCUGAACUUCACUCCCCAUUACAGUGUUGAAGGUGGCACCCAGGCCGAGAACUUGGCCCUACAGAACCUGCAAGCGCGCAACCGCAUGGUGGUACAGUACACGCUCGCUCAGCUUGUGACCACGGCCAGACAGUUGCCUCGAGCUGGCUCGGCGUUGCUGGUGCUCACUAGCGGCAAUGUGGACGAGAAUCUGCGCGGCUACUACACAAAGUACGAUGCUUCAUCGGGAGACAUUGCCCCGCUGGGAAGCAUAUCCAAGAAUGACGCGAAACGUUUUCAGGCAUGGGCACGUGAAAACUGGAAUCUUCCCAUCAUGACGGAAUUCAUCGAAGCAACGCCGACGGCCGAACUGCUGCCGCUAUCCGCGGGUGUACAAGAUGAUGAAUCAGAAAACGAAAUGGGCCUCACCUACGACGAGCUCUCCAUGUUUGGCAUCCUCCGCAAGGUGGACAAGCUCGGGCCGUGGUCUUGCUACCUCCGCCUGCUUGGCGUCUGGAAAGAAAAGGAGGGGAUGACGCCCAACAAAAUUGCCGAAAAGGUGAUGCGCUUUUUCAGGAACUAUGCCAUCAACCGACACAAGGCCACCAUCAUCACACCAUCGAUCCAUUUGUCGGCCUACAAUCCCGACGAUAAUCGAGCUGACGAGCGGCCAUUUCUGUAUGUCGUAAACUGGCCGUGGCAAUUCAACAAGAUACGCGACCAUGCAGAAGAGCUGGAACGCCGGCUAAGCAAGGCGGUGCAUAAGGCUUGA